CGUUGUUUUUUUUUUUUUUUUUGUAAUAAGAAAAAUGGCGUCAGCUGACUCUCAGCCGCGGUUCGGCCAGUCCGUUAAAGGGUUAUUAUCCGACAAGGUGGGCUCCUGUAGCGGGGACGUGAUUGCGUUGACCCGCCAGGUGCUGAAAGGAUCCCGCAGCCAAGAGCUUCUUGGCCAAGCAGCAAGGAAUAUGGUGAUACAAGAGGAUGCCAUUCUGCACUCUGAAGAUAGCCUGAGAAAGAUGUCCAUCAUAACAACGCAUCUGCAGUACCAACAGGAGGCCAUCCAGAAGAACGUGGAGCACUCAAAGAACCUACAGGACCAGCUGACGCAUCUGCUGAAGUGACAGCAUGACGACGACGCGUCACGGCGCAAUCAUCACCUCAGCUUUUGCUGCUGUAGUGCAGACAGUGACACACCGGCUCUUGUGUGUCACGUUCAUGUUUGAUGGGUGAAACUAAGUUGGCCGUUUGGCAGGUUUUGGAUGAAUCGCACAGCUGGACUGGUUACAUGCGAAGUGUGUUUGAUUGAUUGAUUUUUUUUUUAUAAAUGAAAAAAGUCUAAAGUGUUUUUGUGGAGCGUCAGGAUCAGUCGCUUCAGACGGUUAAGAACGCAGCUCUUCAGGACGCCACUGGAGUCUGGACACAGAUUUUGAUUCAGUUUAUUUUAUAUUGCGCCAAUUUACAACACAUUAUCUGGAGGCACUUAAUAUAAAAUGUAAAUUUAAUCCUAGUCAAAUCCUGUCAAAUAGUUCAAUCCCUUAUCGGACUAGUUUAAUUCCAGCAGUUUGGAUGGAGUCAUUGUCUUGCAGCUUUCAUUCCAGACACUGUCAUUGACUUUUACAGCAUGCAUGUGAAGAGAGAAAAAGAUACCCCUCCCCUUUAACGGGAAUAAACCUCCAGAGGAACCUGGCUCCCUACAAGACAACAUUUCUCUUAGUGGUGGUUUGAGAAGACAGAGCAGAGACACGAAACAGAAAUGAAAAAGCUGAUGUCAAAGUUCAGGAGAGGGAGAAUGAUCAGCUGACGGUAGCUUUAUUUAAACCCUUUGCCCAAAAUCCAGGAAGGAAUCACAGCCUCAGUGAAAACACAUGUAGCUGGUUUGGCUACGUCAGUAAAAAUAAAUAAUGCAAAUUAUUUAUUUUGAUUGAAUUAUUUAUUUAUUUUAAUUUGCAAAUAAUGCAAAUUAAAGUAAUUUGCAUUAUUUUAAUGCAAAUUAAAAUAAUUUGCUAUGUAACAUAAUAGCAAAUUAUUUUUGCUAAAUAGAAGUAGAAGAAGAAGAAGGUAGAUGGGGAUCAGGUGCAACAUUCAAUUUGAAGGUUUUAUUUCUGGCCAAAUCAAAAAUCUAACUGAUCUUAAAAGGUCAGUUGUGCCAGAAUGUGUUGUUGAAACCAAUUAAACUGUUAAAAUACCAACAAACAGAUGUUUGCUUCAGCAUUCAGUAAGUGUUUCUUAAAAUUAAAUAAUAUUGAACGUCCUUUCACGCUGAUCCAUCCAGGAUUUUGUGAUUGUUUUUUGUUGGGUUUUUUUCAAUCAAUGACAGAUUUUGUGGUGACUUUCAGAAACAUUUGUAAGGAAUUUCACGCUAAUGCAUGACGUUAAAUGUGGCUUUUUAUUAAUCGCCACACUGAUCUCGGAUUGCAACUUGGCAUCAAGUAAGGCUGAGGCAGCAGUUGAGUUUUUGGUUAAAAGCUCAAUGUUUUUAACCAGUUUUGAGAAAAAAUAUUGUAGUAAAAUCAGAAAAAAAUGUGGGGAUCUGUUGAUUUUUAUUUUUUGUAUUUUUUUUUUUGCAACUUUUGCAGAUUUGUGAAAAACUGCAGGGACUUAUUGAUGUAAUGUAGAGUCUUGAGCGCCACAUAAAAAGCCACCCGGGGCCUUGAGUUUGACGCGUGUGGUUUUCAUGAAGCAAAUAUUUUUGAACACAAGGAAAGCGCAACCGACUCAAAACGGUCCACACAUAAGUCCGUUUGCACUCAGUGCAAACUUCAUCCUCAGUUUGCACUGAGGAUGAAGCAAUCACGUUUUGAGGAUGCCAGUAGUUUUGUCUUUAUUUAUCUUUUAUUUUUUUGUCACUGCUGAGAGCUGGGAGGGAACAGAAGACUCAACAGUUAUGACUGUUUAAGUUUAGCAACUGGAUUUAGUUUUGGUUUAGUCUCAAUACUGAGGAAAACCUUUAAUAUAGGAAGCAAAUGUUAAACGUAGGUAAGAUGUACACUGGAAGUCUCCCCCAUCAAAAGUAGAGGGUGCUUCAUCCAUGGUAAUGUGACAUUUCUAUCCUUAAUUACUGGACAAGAUGAGAGAAAUACAAUGAAGACACAACCACAGUAAUCCAGAGAACAUUUCUUCAUGGGUCCGAUGAGCUGAGAAAAUGUCCGUGACCUUUCAUUUCAGCACGUGACAAUGAUGAGCGAUUUUAUCAGCAGCCUGAAGGCCAAACGGCAGAUCAACCCUGACAGCAGCCCUGAAAGCGCUCUUCGGCCCGUUUCUUCAAGCCUCACGUGUUCUCACAAGUCUGGAAUCAGGGUUUGGUGCUGCUGCUGAUGACAUCCAGAGAGUACGGUGUCCUUCAGCGUUCGCAGACUUCUCCUGCACAAGAGCUCUUAAUCAGAGAGCCGUCGCUGGUGGCUUGGUGUGAAGAUGAACUCAGAGGUAUGCUGACAAGGUUAAACCUGUAAAGGCCAGUUCAAUGAGAACACGUGAAGUCUGUGAUUUCUGUACAACAUGAGGUUUUUUGUUGUUUUUAAUGCUGUUUGUCCCGUUGUGGGACGGCACACUGGUCAGAUCCCAGCCUGGCAUCUUUCUGCAUGAAAUCUGCAUAUUUUCCCUGUGCAUUGAUGGAUACUCCGGCUUCCUCCCUCUAAUUUAAAAACAGACUUUCAAGUUUACUGGUCCCUCUAAAUUCUCUUUAAGUGUGAGUCUGUGUGUGCGUGAUUGGGUUGUCCUGUUUUUCUCUUGUGUUGCCCAGCGAUGGCCUGGCUAACUGUGUGUGUGGAACAAAAUUAAUUAUCUACAAUAAGAUUACACCUAGACAUAUAUAAAAUAUUGAGUUGCAUAAGUUGUUUUUCUACUCCUCUCUCCUAGCCAGCUGCACCUGGUAACUCAUAAGAACAGUUCUUUGUGUCAGUGAAAGGGAGGACCAAGGCCAGCCGCUUGCAAGGGAAGAGAUAACAAAUAGAGCGAUCCCACUAUGGGAACCCAAUGAGAUGCUCAACUUAUCUGAGUAGUUUUGGAGGAAGCUCGGUAAAAGACAUCCUCCCCCGCAGGGCUGUCUUUAUGUUUCAGAGUACUCCUUUUUAUGUUAUGUGUCCCAAUUUGGUAUUGGGCAUUUGAAAUGACUCCCAUUUCCUGUGCGCCAAGGAACCGUAUAUGAUUCUGUGAUUGUUUCAGCCUCCCCAGAACACACCGAGAAGUUGCUGAUUUUAUCUGUGUCGUUCUCCACUUGUGACAUUAAAAGUUUUUGUUCUUUGCA